AUGGUCGCGAAGGAUAAAUUCUCCAAAGAGUCUUUCUUUGCCUCUCCUCUUUAUGAUUUUCUUUCUCCUUUUAGACCUGUUGCGAACCAGUACUAUGCAGAAUAUGUGAUUGUCAUAUUUGCCUUAGUGAUUCGAUGCGCCGUAGGCCUCGGAUCAUUUUCUGGUGAAAACGCGAGCCCAAUGCAUGGAGACUUUGAAGCUCAAAGACACUGGAUGGAAAUCACCACAAAUCUUCCUAUUUCGCAGUGGUAUUGGUUUGAUUUGAACUACUGGGGGCUGGACUAUCCUCCAUUGACCGCCUACCAUUCCUAUUUCUUUGGUAAAGUAGGGUCUCUUUUGAGCCCUACAUGGUUUGCGCUCAACUCAUCUCGUGGACUAGUAACUCCAGAUCUCAAAUCGUACAUGAGAUUCACCGUUAUCGUGAGCGAAGCAGCGCUAUAUAUUCCAGGGGUCAUUUACUUUACCAAAUGGUUUGGGAUCAAGAGACGUCAAUCUCCGAUUGGUACAUAUAUCGCGGCUGCUGCCAUACUUUUCCAACCAUCGCUCAUAUUGAUCGAUCAUGGUCAUUUCCAAUAUAACUCUGUUAUGCUUGGUUUGACGGUUUAUGCUAUCAACAACUUGCUAGAUGGCUUCCAUGGGCCGGCUGCAAUUUGUUUCGUGUUAUCGCUGUGUUUCAAGCAGAUGGCGUUGUACUAUUCACCCAUUUUCUUUGCAUAUUUGUUGAGCAGGUCACUUUUCUCGCCGACCUUCAAUCUGCCUAGAUUCACAUCUGUGGCUUUGUCUACAAUAAUCUCAUUUUGCAUCAUGUUCUCGCCCCUGUACGUUUUUGGUGGUAUCCAAAAUGUACUCCAGUCGAUCCACCGAAUUUUCCCCUUCGCCAGAGGAAUUUUUGAAGACAAGGUCGCAAAUUUUUGGUGUGUGUCCAAUGUUUUAUUCAAGUACUCUGAGAACUAUACACAGGACGACCUACAGAGAUUUUCAGUGUAUGCUACCGCUGUAGGGUUCAUUCCAUCCUUUGUGCUGAUGUUUCUGUAUCCUAAGAAACAUAUGUUGCCAUUUGGGUUAGCCGCGUGCUCAAUGGCCUUUUUCCUAUUCAGCUUCCAAGUUCAUGAGAAAUCGAUUUUGGUACCGCUUCUCCCCAUAACCUUGCUUUACUGUUCAACUGAUUGGAACGUGCUGUCUAUGGUGAGUUGGAUCAAUAACGUAGCGCUUUUCACUUUGUGGCCUUUAUUGAAGAAAGAUAACCUUACGCUACAGUACGUUGUCAUGAUGUUGUUAAGCAAUUGGCUAAUUGGAAACUUCAGCUUUGUGACUCCUCGUUUCUUGCCAAAAUUCUUGACGCCAGGCCCAUCCGUUAGCGAUGUGGCAGAAACUUAUAGGAGAAGGAGUUUCCUUCCUGAUAAUAUAUUUUGGAAACUAACAAUAGUUACAUCAUAUAUUAUUAUGGGCUGCGUUCACUAUCUCGAUAUGUUUGUACAGCCACCAAAAGCUUUGCCUGAUUUGUGGGUACUUAUGAAUUGCGCGCUCGGCUUCUCAUGUUUCGGGCUCUUCUGGCUUUGGAACUACUACAAGUUAUUCGACAUGAGAAACAAGUCAUUUUUAGAAUUUUAA